AAUCUAUGGUUUCUCUCCCUCAGUCUCUCUCUCUCUCUGAUUUCUCUUGCUCAUUAUCAUCUCUCACUCUUGUCUCUUGCUUUCGGAGGCUUCUUGAGGAUCUCUAUCCUCUCCAGUAGCUUAUUGGUUCAAAAGAGUUCUCAUUGAAGAGGAGGCUUGAAGUUGAGUCCGGGGUUUACACUUGAGCUGGAGAAUUUUCUGGGCUAAGGGCUAAGCUGCACGUGUGGGGGCCUUGGGCCGCAUGUGCGGGGUUGGGGCCACACGUGCAGGAGAUGAGGCCGCACGUACGGAAAAUAGGGGAGGUUCUGGGUUGGUCACUGCAAUAUAUGCAGGUAAAUAAGACCUCAAUCAUAGUAGAUGCAUCCAAGUAUAUAGAGGAGCUGAAGGGAAAAGUAGAGAGGCUAAGCCAAGAUGUUGCAAGUUCACAAAGUUCAAAUAGACAAAACUCAUUGCCAAUGUAAGUUACUGUGGAAACCUUAGAAAAGGGUUUCCUAAUUAAUGUGUUUUCAGAAAAAAAAAAUGUCCUGGGUCGUUUGUCACCAUACUGAAAGCCUUUGAAGAGCUGGGCCUUGACGUGCUUGAUGCUAAUGUUUCCUGUUCAGACAAUUUCCGUUUAGAAGCUGUUGGAGGAGAAUGUUCACUGCGUUUGCAACUCAGAGCUUUGUCUUACGACCUCUACCUGUAGACACUUUGUAGACACUUCUCUCAAAGCAAAUAUAAUGUUACUUUGCGCCUGAUAAGCUUUGGGUAUGACUACCAUUGGGCAUCUCGUAAUUCUUCUUUCGAUCAGAAGGCUCAAAAGAAAGAGCAUUGACCCACAACUUUAAGCCAUCACUCUCUCCAUAAAGAGCAGAGUUAGCAACCAUGUCAGAAUUACAGGUCUACGGGCAUAUAGUUUGACAGUUGAUCAUUAUCACAACUCUUGCUUCUCACAUGAAAGGCAUGCAUAAAGAAGAUUCUACUUAGUAACUGUCUCCAAGAACUAAUGGAACUACACCAGGCUGGACAGAGUGAUACUAAACCCAGAUGGUACUCAGAGUUAAUCACUGGGAGAUGUAGAACUAAAGGAUCUAUGGAGUCAUUGAACCUGAGAAAUAGGCUGUUUCAAGGCAACAGAUAUGAGUCAACUACUGCAGCAUCUGUCAGAGACUCCAGCUGAGAAAUAUGAAUGCCAAGCUGAGGUUAGUCGAUUCAUGGACCUCAUUGUUAACAGCUUAUAUAGUAAUAAGCAGGUGUUUCUUCGGGAGCUCAUCAGAUGGUUUCAUUGAUCAUUGUGGCUCUUGCUUGGUGCUCCAUGUUGGUUAUGCUUGGAAUAGAAACUAGAAUCUACAUCAGAGAGUUCCGGUGGUAUGUUCGGUUUGGAGCUGCAUAUGUGUUGGUGGGGGAUGCUGUGAUGCUCAAUCUCAUUCUUUCAGUGACAGAUUUCUACACAGGUUUGAGUCAAUUAGCACGUUGGUUGGGAGAAAAAGCUGAAGAAUUAGGAGUUGAAAUAUACCCAGGCUUUGCUGCUAGUGAGAUUUUAUAUGAUGAUGAGAAAGUUAUUGGUAUUGCAACGAAUGAUAUGGGAAUUGCCAAAGAUGGUUCAAGGAGGGACAAUUUCCAAUGUGGUGUAGAAUUCAAAGCAUUAGUUGCUGAUAGCUAUUUCAUCUUUAUGAUCUUUCUCAAACUGUAUCAGUCAUUUUGUCAUAUAACAUCAUCGAUGCUAACUUUGGUUUGGGAAAUUGAUUCAAGUAAGCACGAACCUGGUCAUGUACUUCACACCUUGGGUUGGCCAUUGGAUAACAAGACAUAUGGGGGAUCUUUUCUAUACCAUAUGAAAGACAGACAGGUUUCUCUUGGCCUUGUUGUUGCUUUGAAUUACCACAACCCUUUCUUGAAUCCUUAUGAGGAAUUCCAGAAACUUAAACAUCAUCCGGCCAUCAAACCUCUUCUUGAAGGUGCUACUGUCCUCCAAUAUGGUGCCCGUACAUUGAAUGAAGGCGGGUUUCAGUCUAUUCCAUAUCCAGUAUUCCCGGGUGGAGCAAUUAUUGGAUGCUCAGCUGGCUUCUUAAAUGUACCAAAAAUAAAGGGCACACAUACUGCCAUGAAAUCAGGCUUAAAUAUGGAAACAUACUGGAACAACUUAAAAAAUUCAUGGAUAUGGGAAGAACUUUACAGAGCUCGGAACUAUCGACCAGCUUGCGAUAUCAAAGACCCAAAGCAGAAUAUUGAAUGGACUGUGCCGGAAGGUGGUGGCGGCCCAGGCUACUCUAUCAUGUAGACCGUUUGCUUGGAUUAACUGCACGCAAAAUAAAAAUGUAUCCCAAUGUAUACAAUUACAAAUAAAAAGUCAAUCUAAUUGGAAAAAAAAUUUAACCUGUGCUGAGGUUUCUCUGCAGAACUCCAUAUCCUGUAGUUAAUAUAAAUUGUAAUUCCUUCUUGUUCCCAUUUAGAUCAUUUGAUGGAGUAGUCGCUGCAUUGUGAAUUCAUGUCAAGAGAUUCCUUAACGAAAUGCACACAAACCUUUAUUA